CUGUUAAACGAACCUCUUCCACUGGUGGCAUACAGUCGAGUGGUCGGAGAUUGCUGCUGCUGCUGCUGCUGCUUGAGGGAUGACAACGAGGAGAACGCCAGCGCCCCGUUAGUACCGCGGCCGAACGUACUGCCGACGCCGGCCACGGUUCCGGACAACGUGAAGCCGUUCUGCAGUUGCGGUAGCAACGGCGGUAAGAACGAUGACGAUGACGACGACGAAGAGGAAGUGGACGACGCGGACGUGGACGAGGAAGUGGACGACGAAGCCUUCGGAUCCGGCAUUGGCACUGCCGGCGACCGACAACGGGACCUUGACUGCAGCUGCAACGGAUGUGGUGGCGUUUGUCUCUAA